AUCAGUAACAUCUGUGACUACGGGGCAGCUUGAGUGGGAAUAGUUAGAGGGUUAGACAGAUUUCCUGCAUUUUAAGGCUCUUUUCCUCUGAAGAGAUUGCUUUGGGACAAUUACAUUUAAUGCCUAUUUCUUUCUUUCUUUCUCUCUCUCUCCCCCCCCUCCCAAGUUGUUUGGUUUUAAGAAGUAAAGUGACUUUAAGGAACCAUACCAGCAUUUUGAAAAGUUUCAGUUUCAAACACAUGAAAAGAAAAGUCUGAAGGGAUUCCUAGAGCUGUAUUGAAGCUUGCAGAGUGACCUUAGUCUCUUUGAACACCAGGGGAAUGAUCGCCAUCUGUUGAAUGCUUGUCAAAUGAACUGCAAACUAUGCUGCUGUAAUACCCAACAACACCUGUGAACUACUCAACUGUAGCCAAUCGGGCAACUGGGUGAUAUGGAGCAAGAAACCACAACAGCAUGAGAGAAAAUGGGUUGUAUUUUUUUUUUACUUUGAAAAUAAAACAAGGAAGCAAAAUGCCCUUUAAUAUCUGCAAAGCUGCAAGAGCUUUCAAGCCUCUCUUGAGCGAAAAAGGCUUCGGUAACUGCAGAAAUUAAUUAUUUUCAUCCACUGGAUUUCUUUGCCUUAUAAAAGGAAAUAGCUGAAUCCAAAAGAUGGAAGCUGAGAGUAGUUUUCUGAAGUUGGAUAUUCUGAUAUUUCUGGUGCAUCUUGGACGUGGGGAAGCAGCAAAACUUGUCUUAGUAAAUAAAGACUUCAGUGUUGAAAGGGGACGGGUGGUGUAUGUGACUGAUAAUGAAUUACGUUUUAAUGUCCCCAAAGAGAGGAACCCUUGUAAGGUAGAGGUGGUUUUAAAUGAGCCAGUUACACAAAGAGUGGGGAAACUUGCACCUCAGAUAUUUGAUGGCCAUUUCUUGCCCAAUGAAGUAAAAUAUAUUCAUAAUGGCUGCCCACUUCUGGAAGAGGACCGCGUGAGGCUGCGAAUUUACAGGUUUACUGAACUGGAGACCAUAAUCGAGACUUUUGUUCUUCAUGUAGAGAUCAGGAAUCCAAAAUCAAGUAUUACUCAGUUUGGAAAAAGCUCUCUAGACAUUUCUGAGUUUCUUGGCAUAUCUAAGCAAGUGGACAGAAGUGUCUUGACUUUCAAGUACAAUGCUAAUGGGCUAAGUAUGGUCUGCACCGUUAGGAUCACGUCUUCUGAGACCUCGCUUCCUGCUUUUGGCCAGUUUGUAGCAGAGGAUCUCAUCGGAGUGGAAAUGUACCCAAGCUUCACAGAAAAUGUUUGGAUUCCUGUGGGGAUAAAGGGAGCCAUCCCAAAUACACAGGCCCAAGCUGCAUUUAUAUCCAUGUUCAUCUUGGAGAUUGAUCAGUUUAUUCUUAUCCCACUUACAACAGCAGCUCUAGAUGCUGAAGCUGGAGAAACCCCAAAAGACAGAUUAGUGUUCAGCAUUACCAAAUGCUCACUAGAGGGGUAUAUUACCCAACUGGAGGACCACACCAAGGCCAUUACAUCUUUCACUCGGCAGGAUUUAUACGACAUGAAGAUUGUCUAUCAGCCACCCAACAUCACUCAUUCUGAGAGACAGAACUAUGAGGUUGAGUAUCGAGCAAUUGAAAGUGCCUUCAUGAGCAGUUCUCCUAUCAUGGUCCGUUUUUCAAUAAGAUGUGCUCCAAGGGUUGCAUGGAACAUGGGGCUUGACUUACUGGAAGUUCAGUUAUAUCCAGUUACCUGGGAUACUCUUCAGAUUGUGGGCAAUGAUAAACUUAAUGCUGUUCAGCUGGUGGAAGAACCACAGCAUGGAUGGAUCACAGUUCGAGGAGGCAAAGGCUUCAAAUUCACAGUUAAAGAUCACAAAGAUGGAAUUGUUCAUUUUCAGCAUGGUGAUAGUGAUGCAACCAAGGACUAUGCAAUCUUCAGAAUCUUUGAUGGAAGGCACAAGUUUCCGAUUAACAUCCUCCCUAAAGAUGACAGUGCACCAUUCCUGAUGAGCAACAUUGUCUUUCAGCUGGCAGAAGGGAAGACAGUCCUCAUAGAAAAGCAUAUGUUGAUGUCGUCUGAUUUUGACUCAAGUGAUGAUUAUAUUCUCUGCAAGAUAACCAAGCCACCCAGUGCUGAAGAGAUUAUCAAGACACACUUUCCAGAUGGACCAGGUAUUCCUGUGUCAACCUUCUUGCAAAGAGAUGUCUUCCAUGGCCUCAUUUACUAUCACCAUCUUGGAGGAGAGAUUUUUCAAGACUCAUUUGAUUUCAUCUUAUCUGACAGUCAGGAACCUCCUAACCUUUCAGAUAUUCAAACUGUCAUGAUUCAUGUUAUGCUGGUGAAAGACCAGUUGCCAGAGGAAGUUCCUGGGACUACAAGACAACUUGUUGUCAAAGAAACUGAGAUUGCACACAUCACAAACAAUCACCUCCACUUUACAGACACCGAGUCCCCAGAUAAUCAGCUUAUGUACCUGGUUACUAAAUCAUGUUUCUCUCCCUCUUCUCCUGGAAUUUAUGAUGUGGUGAAGCUAAUUUUCACAGACAGCAUGAAAAGUUAUAAAAAAGAUCCUGCUAUUUCUGACAUCUUUCACUCAGGAUACUGUCAUGUCUGUUUCCCACAGCAUGCUGUAAUACAUUUAAAAGUGGUGUGCAUGCCCCCAGAGAAAGAGAGUGGUCCUGACCCGCUGUUUGAACAGUUUGAGUUUUCUGUUAGUGACCAGCAGGGAAGAGUAGUGGCUGGACUCAACUUUAACAUCACAGUGAUGCCUGUGGAUGAUGAAGCACCUGAGAUUUUCACCAAUCAUCUAACAACAGAGGAAGGUGCCAGUUUCUUCAUCUCUGGGGAGAAUCUAAUGGUGUCAGACUUGGACACCAGGGAUGAUCUUCGAAUCCAGCUGAAGAAAUGUCCUCAAUAUGGGCACAUUGAACUGUAUGGACUCAUUAUGCAGGAAGGAGAUAUGUUUACCCUUGAGGAUUUGCAGUCUUACAAAGUCAGGUACCAGCAUGAUGAUUCAGAAACCCUUGAAGAUAUAGUCAUAUUUCCAGCAACAGAUGGAUUUAACACUGCAGAUGGAGUGUUAAGAGUGCAGAUUAUACCAGUUAAUGAUAAGCCCCCAGAGCUACAGGCAGGAUUAGAAUCAAGACUGGAGUGUCUGGAGGGAGGAUACGUUGUUAUCACCACAGAAUACCUUUAUGCAACAGAUGCUGAUAGCGAUGACACAAAAUUGACAUACAUGAUUGCUCGUGCUCCAGCGCAUGGGGUGAUUCAAAAGAGAGGAUUCAUGGUGGAUAAAUUCUUCCAGCUGGAUGUCACUCAGAGAUUGAUCACUUACAUACGUACGGGAGGUGAAAUAGGACAUAGCCUUUGUGACGACAACUUGACCCUCAUUGUCCCAGAUGGAGAGGCUGGUACAGUGGAUAGUUGUUGUUUUAAUAAAGCUCUCCCUCCACCAUUACCUCUUCACACCAGUCUCCCAAUCUGUGAUCUGAACAUCACAGUCCUCCCCAUCAACAACCAACGUCCCACCAUUCAUCUGGGUAUGUUUACUAACCGUUUCACAUUUCAAUGUAUUCAAUCUGAACUACCGGACUAUAAUUUUUUCCACAUUAUAAUUCAGAAGGUAGAUUUCUCGCCCUACUCUGAUGGAAGCACUUACACCAACAGUGAGUACCAGUGUUUGUGCAACCUUUACUCUUGUUGGUGGAUACUUACUCACGUGACUAAUCCUACUGAUGACAAUGGGAUUACCCAGAGAGCCGUGUUAUGUUGGACCACUCUGUAUCCUGGAAUGAAUUUCAUUCAAGAGGAUGUGGACAUGAGCCUCCUCUGGUAUUUCCAUACUAACAUCCUGGGUCUAAAGAGUUAUGAUUGUUUUCAGUUUUACGUGACAGAUGGGGAGAACAGCUGCCCACCGGAAAGCUUCUACAUCUCCAUUAGAAAAGUGGGCAAAGGGGACAUUGUUCUACUCACCAAACCUGUAACUUUAACAGAGGGUGACAGGGUGACCUUGACGACAGAUGUUCUUAUGGCAACAGAUGGCACUAGCAAACCCGAGAAGCUGCUGUAUGCCGUCUCUGUGCCACCUGUGCACGGUCAGAUUGAGUACAUCAAUUAUCCCGGCAUGCCCAUUUCCAGUUACAGCCAGUUGGAUGUGGUAGCCCAGAAGGUCUGCUACAUUCAUGACUAUAGCCAUGAGGCUAGUAAGGAUUCAUUCAGACACAAAUGGGGUGCUGGGAAAAUUGAUAGAUUUUCAUUUGUAGCUAUUGACAAAGUCAAUCAUGGUUUUCUGGUCAAUGGGCAAAUGAGAGAAGAGGCAGUGGAAUUUACAAUAUAGGUCAAGCAACAUGACAAAAUCUCUCCAACACUCCAAGUGAAAGAAAGUCCGACCACCAUACAGAACCUGAAAGAUGGCAGGCUUGGAAUUCUGAUUACGGCUUGCAAUUUGAAAGUCACAGAUGUUGACAACAAAGAUGAAGAUCUCACCUUCAAAGUUCAGCGGCCUCCUUUCUUUGGGUAUCUGGAAAACUCAAAAACAGGUAGUUAUGUACACAGUACUUUUACCCAGAAUGAUUUAAACCAGCAGAUCAUCUGGUACAUCAUAAAUUCCUCCACUGAAGUGACUUCAGAUAGCUUUGAAUUUCAAGUAUCAGACGUGGCAGGAAAUACAAUGGUUCCAGAAGUACGUGAAAUGAAAUGGUCCAGAGUUGAACUGGUGGAAACUUGCUAUCGUGUCUGUGAAAAUGUUGGGACUGUUGCCAUUAAGGUGGUAAGGACAGGACAGAGCGCAGAGCCAUUAUUUGUUGGUAUUAAGGUCCAAGAGGUUUCAGCUAGAGUUGGCUUAGACUUCACUCACAGUCUUGCAAGUUUAGUGCAGUUUGAUCCUGGUGUUUCCAUAAAGUCUUGGAACAUCCACAUUAAAGAUGAUGGCCUGGAGGAAAACCAUGAAGUGUUAAAAAUAAUACUGAGCGUGCCUUAAAAUGCUGUUCUGGAGCAGAAGAAUGAACUGACUGUAGAAAUUAUAGAUUCAAGGGCAGAAACCCAUGCUCUACAGACUGACCUGUGGGAGAAACUGUCCGUCAAAGGCCUGAUCCAAAGCCAAAUGAAGACAGUAGAAAGACUCCCAAUGACUUCAAUAGAUUCUAGAUCAGGUCCCAAAUGCCCAAUGUGGAUAAAAGAUAUUAAAGAGGAUUGA